AUGGAGAUCCUCGUCCUGGGCCUACCCAGAACGGGUACCCAGAGUCUCGCAAGCGCUCUUGAACUAAUUGGCUACGGAAAGGUCUAUCACAUGAAGGAGAACUUUUUAAGAGGUGACCAUAAUUUCUGGUCCAGAGCCAUGGAUGCCAGAUUUGCAGGGCAAGGCAACCGCGUGGACCGAGAGGACUUCGCUAAGCUUUUCGGAAGCGAGUACAUGGCAGUGAGCGAUUACCCCGCCGCUAGGUUCUCCGACGAGCUAAUAGCCUCGUAUCCUUCGGCCAAAGUGGUCCUACUAACCCGCGACCAAGAUGGAUGGAUAAAGUCAAUGGAAAACACGCUUUUGCAUGCGUGGAAAGCGGAAAAGAAAGCUGGGACUGAAACAGAAGAUAAUACCCAGUCAACCCGGUUCGCACGUAAUGAAAUGGUUCGCAAGAUCCAGACCUAUGUUUGGAAGGAUGACUUUGGAGCCAAUGCGCGCCAGCUGUUUGUUGAGCACAAUGAGCAUGUGCGUCAACUUAUGAAAUCCCGACCAGAAGACUUUCUUGAAGUUAAUAUCGCAGAGGGGUGGCAGCCGCUUUGUCGUUUUCGGGGGAAAGAGAUUCCUAAUGAGGGAUUUCCACGGAAAGAUGAUUGGACAAGGUACAAGAAGAACGUUCAGAGGGGAUUGAAUGAGACGAUGAUCUAG